UGAACAGCUUGACGGGUGACGUGGGGGCUGCCUGAGACCUCGGAACGGCCUACCAGGCGCUGUCACGUCCAUUCGUUUCCCGAGGCCUACAAUGGGCUGACAGUGGCUCAAGGCCACACAGUCCGAACCCCGGUUCUUCCAACAACGCGCAGAGGGCGGCCUGAGGCUCGAGACCGAGAUGCAAGCAGAGACCUUUCAGUCCGGGCCAGACAGUGCGGGUCGGAGACCCCGGGGCUGCAGAGAAUGAAGGCUGAUACCGCGGAUGCCCACUGCCCAGACCUGCUGCAGACGCCGCACCCGACCAGGAGCCACCCCCAGGCCAGAAACCCCCCCCCCUUACCGCGCAAGCUCCUUGGUCGCCAUUCCCGGCACUCCUUACUCCUCCCAGCCCAACUGCGGGAAGUUGUUAACCCCCCACUUCCGGUCCGUUCAAACCCCUGGCGCGUCGGAGGCGGCAGUUGCGGCCGCGGCUCUGGCUGCGACCUCAUGGAUCCCGAGAGGGAGAGGACCGGGAGGCACCUCAAGAAGGGCAGAAAGAGGAGGCGGGCCGCGAACACGCUGGUCGGGGCGGCUGAGGCGAUGAGAGCCCGUUGGACUCUGGAGGAGAGGCAGCCUGAGGCCAAGAAAGCCCGCUUAUCUACCAUUUUAUUUGCUGAAAACUGUGAAGUGACCCACGAUCAGUUAUGUGAAUUGCUGAAGUAUGCAGUUCUGGGCAAAUCCAGUGUUCCUAAACCCAGCUGGUGCCAACUUUUCCACCAAAACCACCUGAACAACGUGGUGGUUUUUGUACUGCAGGGAAUGAGCCAGCUACACUUUUACAGGUUCUAUUUGGAAUUUGGAUUUCUCCGAAAGUCAUUCAGACACAAAUUCCGCUUGCCACCACCAUCAUCUAAUUUCCUAGCUGAUAUCAUUGGAUUGCAAAAGAAACAAGUAACGGGGGAUCUAUCCAAGAUGGUGGAAGGGUCUUUACCUUCUGCCAGUUCAAAAGUCAGCAUCAACCUGCAGAAUGACCCUAUUAUUCAAAAAUAUGGCUCUAAGAAAGUGGGCUUAACCAGAUGCCUUCUCACAAAGGAGGAAAUGAAAACAUUUCACUUUCCAUUACAGGGUUUUCCUGACUGUGAAAACUUUGUACCUACCAAAUGUAAUGGUUCUAUAACAGACAACAGUCCUCUCUUUGGACUUGACUGUGAAAUGUGCCUCACAUCCAAGGGGAGAGAGCUAACACGCAUCUCACUGGUUGCUGAAGGAGGCUGCUGUGUUAUGGAUGAACUCGUUAAACCUGACAACAAGAUUAUGGACUACCUUACCAGCUUUUCAGGAAUCACAAAGAAGAUUCUUAACCCAGUGACAACCAAACUCAAAGAUGUACAGAGACAUUUAAAAGCACUGCUUCCUCCUGAUGCUGUGUUAGUGGGCCAUUCCUUAGACUUGGAUCUCAGAGCACUGAAAAUGAUACAUCCAUAUGUUAUUGAUACAUCAUUGCUUUAUGUCAGAGAGCAGGGCAGAAGAUUUAAGCUAAAGUUCUUAGCCAAAGCUAUUUUGGGGAAGGAUAUACAGUGUCCAGAUAGGCUUGGUCAUGAUGCCAUAGAAGAUGCUAGAACCACCCUUGAAUUGGCUCGGUAUUUCCUUAAGUAUGGCCCAAGGAAGAUUGCAGAACUAAAUCUGGAGGCACUAGCUAGUCACCAAGAAUUGUUAGCAGCAGGCCAAGAGCUGAGAAAUACAGCAGAAAUAGUUUAUCAGCCAAACACAAGUGUUUUAGAAUGCUUGGACUUAAUGGGUCAGAAGCUCCUUUUCUUGACCCGGGAAGCAGAAACUAGUGAACUUUGUUCUGCCGGAAACUGUCAAACUAUUAAGUGCCUUUCAAAUAAAGAGGUUCUUGAGCAGGCCAGAGUGGAAAUCCCCCUGUUUCCCUUCAGCAUUGUCCAGUUCUCUUUUGAACCCUUUUCACCCAACCUCACUGAGGAGAUGAACAAGAGGAUGAGAAUCAAGUGGACAGAGAUGUCAACUGUUUAUGCUGGGCCAUUUAGCAAAAAUUGCAACCUCAGGGCUCUGAAAAGGCUGUUUAAGAGCUUUGGCCCAAUCCGGUCAAUGACUCUUGUUCUUGAAACCCAUCAGCCACAUCUCUGUAUACAAUAUGAAGUCCUGGAAGCUGCCCAGCUGGCCAUAGAAUCCUUGGAUGGCAUUCUGGUAGAAGGUGCCUGCAUUAAGGUGCAGAGGCCUGUGACAGAGCUCACCCUUGAUUGUAACACUCUUGUGAAUGAGCUAGAACAAGAUUCUGAGAACCGAGGUACUAUAUACCUGUCUGGAGUGAGCGAAACCUUUAAAGAACACCUAUUGCAGCAGUCCAACCUCUUCCUUGGCCUGGAAGCUGUCAUCUUGCCUAAAGAUCUUAAAAGUGGAAAGCAAAAAAGAUACUGUUUCCUGAAAUUCAAAACUUUUGGCAGUGCCCAAAGGGCCCUCAACAUUCUCAAAGGCAAGCACUGGAAGCUGAAAGGCCGGCAUGCCCUAACCCCCAGGCAUCUCCAUGCUUGGCUCAGGGGCUUACCUCCUGAAUCAAGAAGGCCCCCAGGGGUUCGUGUCAUACCUCCCCCCUCCGAGCAGCAAGCCUUACAGGCUCUGAAGGUGGACCACCCAAAGAUAGCAGCCUGGCGCUGGGGCCGGAAGAUAGGAAAGCUCUACCACAGCCUGGGCCCAGGCACUCUCUGCCUCAUCUUGCUGCCAGGAACCAAGAGCACUCAUGGAUCAUUCUCUGGCCUAGGACUGAUGGGAAUAAAAGAUGAAGAGGAAAGCACCACCCCAAACAUGUGUUCAAAUUCGACCUGUGCCCACUCCCAUCAGAAAGCAGCAGAAGUUGCAGCAGCCGCUGCCACCACCAACUAAGGCCUCACGAAUGACAGUCCCGGACCCAGAGAUUCAGCGCCGGGGCAGAAGGAGCCGGCCCAUGGAAGAGGCAGAACCUGAAGAAUCACAUUCCUACAGGGUGUGGGAGGCUCGUUCAAAAUGGAACUGUGGGAUCCCUGGAAAUGGUUAAUAGGCUGGAUUUAACCUGUAGAGUUAUUAUUUGGGCUUUCUAGCUUCAGACUAGAUCAAAUGGUAUGACUGCGUGCAACAGAGACUGGUCUGCGUCCCCAGCACCCAGGCUCUUCCUCAGGUGACUAGCCAGUUUUCACUAGAGAAGAUCCUUCUCCUGAACUCUUGGCCACAUAGUUGGGUGGGGCUCACAAUGGACUAUGUGACUCAGGCCCAGCUGGGCCUCACAUACCCCUGGAUUCAAUGACUGGGUUAGGGAUAUACAGGUGACCUCAGCAGACAGAACAAAUCUUAGCACUGAAAGUAAAGGAAGCUGGAGCUGCUGCAGUCAUCCCGCCACAGAGAGCCACCAGAGAAAAUAGUAAUGCCUACCAAACAGUCACUGUGAGGAUUAAAUGGUCCCUUCUUAUCAUAUGGGUCUCACUUCAAAUGUAUGUAGGACCCACGAAUGAAAUCACUGCCAAGAGACAAAGAGAAAAUGAAUUCUGAAGGCAUUAUCUGCACCCAGAAUCCAACCGUACUACCUAAAGUCAGAUCAAAGCCUGAGCCCCACAGUUAUGCGAGCCAAUGAAUUCCUCUUUUGCAUAAGCCAGAUGUCAGGUUUUCGGUCACAACAGAGAGAGUCCCUACUAACAAACACAUUGCUAUGUCACUCAGAUCUCUUCUGCUCACAGAGCAAAGAAAGAAGAUCUGAUGCCUAGGUUCUUCUGAUUCAUCAUCCAGGACCAAGUUACUAGGCCACAAUUUCACCCCUUAGCUGAACACCAGGACAAAUAAUCCCAAACUCGAGCAAACUGUAACAUUCUAUUGCAACUGGGUGGACCACCAGGAUGCCAUUUAAAAGCUGAUAUGACUAAUGAGCAAAAGCACCCUUCCAAUUGCAAUUUUUACAACCUUCGGCCUCCUUCAAGCAGACAGGCCACAGAGCACUUAACAGCUGCUUUCUUCUGUUGUGUACGCAUGUUCUGUCAUCUUCAUGUUCCCAAGGAGGAACCUCCUCCCAGCACUCAGACACCACGUGAAAAGCUGUAAAGCAAGAGCUCCUGGAAGUCUUUCUCUGUGCAAUAACAACAUGAUCAAUCUUCCAGCUGAAACAGAUAUUUGAUCUAAACCACAUCCUAUGAAACUGAAAGGCCAGAUCUGACCAGAAUUUGGCUACCCUCUUGGUUUCAAUUACUAUUGCUGAAACAAUUUCUCUCUGGUUUCAAGCACUGAAGAGCCUAUUUAGAAAGUAUUCAGGUUUUAAAAACUGUAACAGGAAAUGCUUGUGUUUGUGUGCCUUUAUUGGAAAUACAUUCCCUGCAGGUUGAAACUUGAGGCCUCAAGUUUUGGGGUUUAUUUUUUUAUUUCAAACAGUUACUUAUUUCA